CCCGCCGCUGAUCCCCGGCCGGGCCUGGCUCCGCGACCUCGGCACCAUGAAGGCGAUAAUCCAGCGGGUCACCCAGGCCAGUGUGACAGUGGGUGGGGAACAAAUAAGUUCCAUUGGACGAGGCAUCUGUGUGUUGCUGGGUAUUUCUUUGGAAGAUACUCACAAAGAGCUAGAACACAUGGUUCGCAAGAUUUUAAACUUGCGUGUGUUCGAAGACGAAAGCGGCAAACACUGGUCUAAAAGCGUGAUGGAUAAACAGUAUGAGGUGCUUUGUGUCAGCCAGUUUACUCUGCAGUGCAUCCUGAAAGGAAACAAACCAGACUAUCACAUGGCUAUGCCUGCAGAGCAAGCAGAGUCUUUCUACAACAACUUCCUAGAACAACUUAAAAAAGCCUACAAACCAGAGCUCAUUAAAGUUGGCAAGUUUGGAGCCUACAUGCAGGUAAACAUCCAGAAUGAUGGUCCUGUGACGAUAGAACUGGAAUCCCCUGCUGCCACCAUGGAUCCGAAGCAGCUGACAAAGCUUGAAAAACAGCAGCAAAGGAAAGAGAAGACCAGAACCAAGGUACCCUCUGAAUCAAGUAGAGAAAGAAAUGCCCCUCGUAAUAAGGACGAUCCCAGUGCAAGCAGUGGAGCAGAGGGAGAUGUGUCUUCUGAAAGGGAACCUUGAUCCUCAAAAGCAGGCCUCAGUUUGUCAUACAAAGGCUACGUUGGAUCCUUAAGAAUUCACAGUUUACAUUAUCCUCAGAGUCGAUCUUAAAAGACUUUGGAAAAGAAAGAAAAGCAGGAAAAUAGAACUAAGAAAUUAUGACUCUACAUCAUUCUGUACUAAAAACAGCCAAAGGAAUGUUACCAGUUUCAGUUAAAAUGUAUUCGUAGUAGUGAAAAUGAUUCACAGCAUUUUUCUGUGUAUCUGUGUUUGUUUUCACAUGGUUUACUGCAGUGGUCCCCAACCUUUUUCGUCUGGCGGGCGCCAAACGACGAGCCACGG